CGAAAGUGCUCACAACCUCAUCGACUUUACACGGCUCGUUUCAUCGAUCAGCAGCGUUAAAACACAUCAAAUAGAUUGAUCGACGGAUCGUUUAAUUAUUAAACUAGUCAAAAAACACACAACUAACUUGCUCGCAGAACGCGCUGUUUUUUUUUCAGAAUCGAAGCGGGAGUAAACAGAAAAAUAGGAUUCGUUUGUGCAUUCUGCUUUUUUUAGUGAAAUGGCAGAAGCCAAUAUUUCAGUGGAUCAGGAUCAGUUCAGUUGUUCAGUGUGUCUGGAUCUCCUGAAGGAUCCAGUGACGAUUCCCUGCGGACACAGUUACUGUAUGAGAUGUAUCUCAGACUACUGGAAUCAGGAGGAUCAGAAGGGAGUCUUCUGCUGUCCACUAUGCAACCAGACCUUCACACCAAGACCUGUUUUAGGUAAGAAUGUGGUGUUCGCUGAGAUGGUGGAGAAACUCAAGGCUACGAGACUCCAAUCUGCUCCUGCAGUUCCUCACACUGGAUCUGGAGAUGUGCAGUGCGACUCCUGCACUGGAAAUAAACAGAAAGCAGUGAAGUCGUGUCUGGAGUGUCGAAGCUCUUACUGUCAAAUUCACCUUGAACAGCAUGAGAGUCUCUUCAGAAGUAAAGGACACAAUCUGAUGGACGCCACUGGACGACUGCAGGAGAUGAUCUGCCCUCAACAUGGUAAAAUACUGGAGAUUUACUGCCGCACCGACCAGCUGUGUAUCUGUAUGCUGUGUUUCGUGGAUGAACACAGGAGUCAUGACACUGUAUCAACUGAAGCAGCGAGGACAGAGAAACAGAGACAUUUUGAAGAGAAACGGAGAAACAUCCAGAUGAGAAUCAAGCAAAGAGAGGAAGAUCUCCAGGAGCUGAUAGAGGCUUUGGAGUCUCAUAAGCGCUCUGCACAGACGGCAGUGGACGACAGUGAGAGGAUCUUCACUGAGCUCAUCCGCUCCAUUGAGAGACGUCACUCAGAGGUGACGCAGCUGAUCAGAGAUCAGGAACGAUCUGCAGUGAGUCGAGCUGAAGAACGACUGGAGCGACUGAUACAGGAGAUCGAUGAUCUGAGGAGGAGAGACGCUGAGAUGGAGGAUCUUUCACACACACACAAUCAUGUUCAUUUCCUCCAGAGUUUGUCAUCAGUCUCUCUCUCUGGAUCUACAGACGGCUUCACUGUCAGUUCUCGUCUGUCUUUUGAUGAUGUAGUGAAAUCUGUCUCUCAACUCAGAGACAAACUUCUGCAGUUCUGCAGCGAGGAGACACAAAACAUAUCUGGAACAGUGAAAACCGUCCAGGUCAUUCAGUCUCCUGAAUAUCAGACCAGAGAGGAGUUUCUACAGUAUUCUCGUCUGUUGACUCUGGAUCUGAACUCAGUGAAUUAUUGGCUCCGUCUGUCUGAGGGAAACACAAGGAUCACCGUCACUGACACACGUCAGCCGUAUCCUAAACAUCAAGACAGAUUUGAUUGUUGGACGGAGGCGAUGUGUAGAGAGAGUGUGACUGGACGCUGUUACUGGGAGGUGGAGUGGGCUGGAGAAGGGAAAUUAGGAGUGGACAUAGGAGUGACAUAUAAGAGCAUCAGCAGGAAGGGAAAUGGUCUUGAAAGUUUAGCUGGAGGAAACAAUCAGUCCUGGAGAUUGUUCUGCUCCCCAGACUACUGUUCAUUCUGGCACAAUAACAUUGAGACGGUUCUUCCUGUAGUCAAUGUCUCAGUAGAAUAG